AGUUCACAAACGAAACAUAAAGGCAAGCGGAGGAUAACAUUCGGAUAAAAUAGCGACAUGGCGGGUGGUAUAGUAGGUCUUGUGGGUGGUGGCGGUGGCAUAUCCACCACAGCCGCCGGUGGUUUCCCUAAUACGAAUAGUAACAUCAACCGUAUGAGAACAACUUCCCCUAAGUAUUUGGCAAUCAAAAUUCGGUGCAUAGGAUGGGAUCCAGAGGGGAUAUUGGGUCCACCGAGCACAGGCCAUUUAGCCAGACGUGAAUUCCAGAGACGCCUCGAGAAAGACUCCGAGGCUCGCGAAGAGUUUCAACGUCAACUCCAACAAGAAAAGGAACGUCGCCGUGCUUUGAGAAUGUCUAGGCGUGUUCCAGAGAGUCAUGCAGAGUUGGUUGAAUAUUUUCUUGAUACCGAAGCUCAAGAACUUGAACUAGAGAUUGCUAGAAUGAGGCUUAAGUUAACAGAUGAAUUUUUUACUCACUUAAAGUUUGAACUAGGACAACUUCGGUUUGCUGUUCAGAAAACAGAGGAUAUGGAAGACAGAGUUAUUGAGUUGGAGGCUCUUCAAAAGGCUCUUCUUGAAGGGAUAGCGGCGUAUGAUAAACUGCAAGCUAACAUAGUGAAGGCAAAAGACAACCUGAACAAAAUUUUUACAUCAAAGGAUGUGCAAGCAACUUUACUGGAUAUGGUGGAAAAGAAUGAGAUCAAUAAAUCUUUGUUGGCACUUCUUGAUGAAAACAUAGCAAGCGCUCUGAGGAAUGACCAGAUAAAAGCAGCAGAGUACAUGGACAAGAUUCGCUCUGCUGUGCGCAAGUACUAUACUGUCUAGUGUUGAGGUAGAGAAUAUGCAAUAUAUUCUAAUUGUCUAUAUAACUUCAUGUGGUAGCUCUUUUGCGUGCUGCUAUGACAUGUUCAUAUAGCUAUUUUUACCCUACAAGGUAUGUUGUAUUCAAAGAUUCUGUUAAUUAUUACAAGUACCCCAUGAUUAUUGUCCCUAUUACACUAAA